GCGGCUCCGCAUCCGCCAUCAUGGCGUUCGCACCUAUGGGGCCCGAGGCCUCGUUCUUCGACGCCCUGGAUCGGCACAGGGCUUCCCUGUUGGCCAUGGUGACGAGAGGCGCAGGGGAGACCCCUGCCGGGGCCACCCGCGUGGCCUCUAGUUCUGAGGUUCUUACAGCUAUAGAAAAUAUUAUCCAAGACAUAAUCAAAAGCUUGGCAAGAAAUGAAGUGCCUGCCUUCACAAUAGACAACAGAUCGAGCUGGGAAAACAUAAUGUUUGAUGAUUCUGUCGGCCUUCGGAUGAUACCUCGGUGUACCACAAGAAAAAUCAGAAGCGAUUCACCAAAAUCAGUUAAGAAAUUCGCUCUGAUUCUGAAAAUAUUGUCCAUGAUUUAUAAAUUAAUACAGAGCGACACUUAUGCAACCAAGAGGAGCAAUGUUCAUUCAGUGUUGACCUUGCAUCUGCAUAGAGACAUAUACUACACUGACAUCCAGCUCUUUGGGAACCAGGCUGCGGUGGACAGCGCCAUCGAUGACAUUUCCUGUAUGCUGAAAGUUCCCAGGAGGAGUCUGCACGUGCUGUCUACAUCCAAGGGAUUGAUUGCUGGCAACUUGAGAUACAUGGAAGAAGAUGGUACCAGAGUCCAAUGUACCUGUAAUGCCACGGCUACUGCUGUGCCGACUAACAUUCAAGGAAUGCAGCAUCUGAUCACAGAUGCGAAGUUUCUGUUAAUAGUCGAGAAGGAUGCAACAUUUCAGCGGCUCCUGGACGACAACUUCUGCAGCAGGAUGUCCCCGUGCAUCAUGGUUACGGGAAAGGGCAUCCCAGAUCUGAACACGAGGCUCUUGGUAAAGAAGCUGUGGGACACCUUUCAUAUUCCUGUUUUCACACUGGUCGAUGCUGAUCCCUACGGCGUCGAGAUAAUGUGCAUCUAUAAGUACGGAUCCAUGUCCAUGUCUUUUGAAGCUCACAAUCUCACUAUCCCAACAAUCAGAUGGCUUGGUCUCCUCCCUUCUGAUAUUCAGAGGUUAAAUGUACCUAAGGAUGGCUUGAUCGCAUUGACAAAGCAUGACCAGCUGAAGCUGGACAGCCUCCUGAGGAGGCCUUACAUUACCUACCAGCCCCUCUGGAAACAAGAGUUGGAGAUGAUGGCAGACUCUAAGAUGAAGGCAGAGAUCCAAGCCUUGACCUUGCUGUCGUCAGACUACCUGUCCAGAGUGUACUUACCCAACAAGCUGAGGUUUGGAGGAUGGAUCUAAAAUCACAGCGGGGGACGUGGACCACCAGGCUUUCUGUUGGCCUGCUUGAAUUACAAACACUGGGUGAAGGAGUAUCUAGUCUUAGGUAUGCAAUGGUAAAAAUAAUUUUACAUUAACAUAUUUUUGUCAAAGCAAACUUCAUAGUGCUCUUUAAAAGGUUUGAUCUUCUGUAAAGACGGAUUCUUAUUCUAUGUUCUACAGUGAUUAUAAAAUUAUUUAAUUUAAAUUUUUAUUAGAAAAACUGUUACAUAUCCUAAAAGUCUAUAAAAAUAUUUACUUCUUGCAACAUAGCUACUGUAGCAUGAAGUGUUUCACUAGCAACAAAGAAAAACAGCAAGCGAACCUUGAGAGGUUGUGAAGGAAUCACAAGGUAUUUCCUCUAGUACGAUCUUUUGCCUCAUGGUAUAGGUGCCUUGCCCUGUUAAUGUACCUGUGAAACUAGUAAAGCUUAUUAUAAACAAAUAUUCACACUGG